GGAAUCUUCCGCGUUCGGCACAUCGAGCGCUGUCCGCUGCGUUGAUCACUUUGCAAUCGUCUCGUUCUACACUACAAGACCAUGGGUGUUCCCACGACCAUGCCCCGCCUCCGCCGGUCGUCGUCCGCGCGCGCCAAAGAAGAAAUCGUCGACCUCCACCACCUCGCGCCUCUCGACGCCAAGUGCACGCACGGUGCAAUUCCCCGCGCCCAAGUGUACAAGCUCCCGACAUCAUCGCUGGCCGCCAACAGCUACCUUCCAUCGGGCCACAACGCCUACGACGGGUAUGUGGGCGACGUUGUCGCCGCGAGCGUCGUUGACGGCACGUGUAUUGUCGAAGUUGGUGUCCGGUCAGUGCCAGCGACCACGGCGCUGCUUGAGGCGGCCCAAGCCCUCGGGCACCGCGUGACGUACUGCGCGGUGGCCGACACGGACGACGCAUUGGACACGUUUAUCGAAGCAGUGUCGUCGGCGUGCCCCAAGAUUGAGUGCACGGGUGUCGCCGGCGCCCUCGUCGACUCGCUCGAGCUGCUACCACCGGCGUCGCGACGCACCUACCUCCUCUCGCUCGCGCACUUGACGCUUGAAGAGGCCCACACGGUCUUGGACCCGUUCGCUUCGUCCUACUUGCGCCAAGACGACGUUCUUUUGUGCACGUUCCCGACGUCCCUCGUUGAACCGGACGCGGUCCUUCCAGUACUCACCGACUUGCUCCAGCCUGCCGGUGCGCUCGAGUGCCACAAAGCCUCCUUGAAAGAUGCUACGAACGAGUCGCUCUUCCUCAAGGCCGCAUCCGUGGACCCCAACACGAAGGACGGCUGGUACCUCAUUGACACGGUGCUUGCACCGGCGGCGAUUGACGAGCUUCUCAGCCCGUUUUAUCCUGCUGCCACGUGGACGAACGCUCAGUACGCCACAUACUUGGUCCAGAAACCUCUGUUGACGCUCGAGCCCACGGUCAAAGCGUCGGGGCUCAAGCACGCUCCGUCGCUCGAAGACCUCGAAAACCUCUGGCGCAGCUGGGAUGCCAAGGCGACGGCCGCGCCCCGUACGAACCAAGCGCCGACGCUUAUCGAAUGGGAGUCGCUGUGGACGGCGCUGGACGUCGUCAUGCUCCAGAUGCUGCCGCGCGACCGCUAUCUCGAGGCGCCCGUGGCCGAGCGUCCACCUUUUGUGUACUACAUUGGUCAUGUGCCGGCGUUCAUUGAUGCCCACGUCGCGGCAGCGAUGGACGAGCCCGUGACGUCGCCUGCCAGCAUGCAAGAUGUCUUUGGUGCUGACGCCAGCGCCACCGAGUGGCCCGACCUCGAAGCCAUUGCGAGCUACCACGAAGACGUCCGCACGCGCAUUCGAUUGCUCUACGGCAACGGCCUUCCGUCGGAAAUGCGCCGUGUGCUCUGGCUCUGCUUUGAACAAAGCGCCAUCUUGCUCGAGGCGUUUCUGGCGCUGCUGGUACAAUGUGAUGGUGUGCAGCCGCCGCCGCACCUCGUCCACCCGCGCUUUGCAGUGCCGGCGCCCGUGGCCCCGGCUUCGUACGUACCGAUUCGGUCGGGCGACGUCGUGCUCGGUCACGACGACGUCGACGGCGUCGACGACCACCCGUCGAUUCCGUACGGCUGGGACAACGAGCGUCCGUCGCGAACUGUCGAGAUCAACGACAGCGCGCUGUACGAAAUGCAGUCGCGCCCGGUGACCGUGGCCGAGUAUCAAGCGUUUCUCGCCGCCGGCAACGACGAACCAGGUGUACUGCAGCCGGCAUCGUGGACUGCCGACGGCGCGCACGUCAAGACCGUGUUUGGGCCCGUUGCGCUCGAGCUCGCAGCUGCCUGGCCCGUCUACGUCUCGUUCGACCAAGCGAAUGCCUAUGCGACGGCGAUCGGCCUGCGCCUGCCGCAUGAGGCCGAAAUGCUUGCGAUGCGUCUUCCCGGGACGGGGCACAACGUCGGUCUGCGCCACUGGAUCCCAACGCACGUGGAAGAGAACCCCGCUGGGUGGCACGCGGGGAAUGCGUGGGAGUGGACGUGCGACGUCCUUGGGCCCCACGACGGGUUUGCCCCAAGUGAGCUCUGCCCUGUCCACACUGCCGCCUUCUUUGACGGCGGCCACAACGUGCUCGUGGGCGCAAGCUGGGCCACGCUUCCGCGCAUUGCCAACCGGCGCACGUUCCGCCACUGGGCGCCGCGCACCGCCUCGGACGUCUUUGCGACGUUCCGCUGCGUCAAGACGACCGUGUCGCCGCAGUAGGUGUUAGUCGCGCCUCCUUUCUUGUAGUUUAUGCAUUCAUCUUUCCACGUAAUCGACUUUGCAUUAUAACCUCGUUCGA